CUGGACAAAAUGACUUGGAGAAAUAUCGACCCUUUGUCACUUGAUGAGACCAUUGAUGAAGGGAAAGAGGAGACGGAUGUGGAGAAGAGAAGAGCCUCGGUGUGGGAACAUCAGGAGCUAGCCCAGAUUCCCAUCAAGGUGCUGAGGGGUCACACAGAUGCUGUCACCGGCUGCCACUUCUGCUUUGACGACACCAAAGUCCUGACCAGUUCCCAGGACAAGACGGCCGCUCUGUGGGACACGGAGAGUGGCGCCGUGCUGUUGGUGUUUGAGAGAGGACAUCUGUCCAACAUCUCUGAGUGUGCCUUGAUCCCCGACAAGAAAAGGCUGAUUACUGCGUCAUGGGACAAGACCCUAAAUGCAUGGGACCUGGAGACUGGCAAGAUCAUUUGGACUGCAGCUCAGGCUGGUCUCCUGACCUCAUGUAGCGUCUCAGAGGACGGGAAGUACGUAGUCUCCUCCUCCGACCUGGACAAUGCAAUCUGCCUGACCUCAGCUGAUACAGGGGAGAGGCUCUUCCACAUCAAAGAUCACCACAAGUCCACGAUCACGCGGUGCCAGUUUGAUCCUCAGAGUCAGCAUGUAGCCAGUGUCUCUGAAGACAGAACCAUCAACUGGGACCUGGUCUCCACCCAAACCACCCUCUCCAUCAACAGCACCCACACCAACGUCAUCUCGAACUGCUGUUUCACUGCUAACGGACGCUACUUGUGCACUGCAUCAUGGGACAAGACUCUGCAGCUGUGGGACGUCCAGACAGGAACAUUCCGUUCCCACGGUGGCCUGACCCUUAGCAAGGGACACGACGGAUCUGUCAGCUCCUGCACCUUCUCUGUGGAUGGGUCAGUCCUGGUGUCGGGGGCGUAUGAUAGAACAGUGGCUGUGUGGAACAUGGAGACCCUCUGCAAGACCCUGGAGUUGAAGGGACAUGCAGAUUGGGUGACAGAUGUGGCAAUCAGUGCGGACAAAAAAUGGGUGGCCUCAGCUUCCAAGGACACCACUGUCAGGUUGUGGAAUAUAGAACACUCUGAAGAGAUACCUGCCGUUAUUGAGACUAGGAAGGCUCAGGGAAUGGGCUAUCACAUUCUCCAGUGUGAGGAGUGUGGAAAGGCUUUCUCCAUUUCUCGACUGGAGAACUCCGACUUGGUCACAAAGUGUGUGUUCUGCCGAUUGAAGACAGAAACCAGAUCCCAUCUUCAACCUCCUCUGUUGUCUAGUGUUCUGCCGAUUGAAGACAGAAACCAGAUCCCAUCUUCAACCUCCUCCUCUGUUGUCUAGUGUUCUGCCGAUUGAAGACAGAAACCAGAUCCCAUCUUCAACCUCCUCCUCUGUUGUCUAGUGU